UUCCGGCUGCAGGAGGAGGUGCUGGAGAGGCUGCUGCUGCAGGAGGAGGUGCAGGACCUGCACGUGGUCGUUGUCUCCGUGGCCGGAGCUUUCCGCAAGGGCAAGUCCUUCCUGCUAGACUUCAUGCUGCGCUUCAUGUACCAACAGUCGUCCAGUCUGUGGAUCGGCAACGACGACGAGCCUCUGACCGGCUUCAAAUGGCGGGGCGGCUGUGAGAGGGAGACCACGGGCAUCCUGGCCUGGAGCGAGGUGUUCGUGGUGGAGAAGCCAAAUGGCUACAAGGUUGCAGUUCUACUGAUCGACACACAGGGCGCGUUUGACAGCCAGUCCACCAUCAAAGACUGUGCCACACUGUUCGCCCUGAGCACCAUGACCAGCUCUGUCCAGGUCUAUAACCUGUCCCAGAAUGUCCAGGAAGAUGACCUCCAGCACCUCCAGCUUUUCACUGAGUACGGACGACUGGCCAUGGAGGAGGUCUACGAGAAACCUUUUCAGACUCUGAUGUUCCUGAUCAGGGACUGGUGCUACCCUUACGAACAUCCGUAUGGUCUGGAGGGAGGGCAAAGUUUCCUGGAGAAACGACUGCAGGUGAAGCCGAACCAACACGAGGAGCUGCAGAACGUCAGGAAACACAUCCACUCCUGCUUCUCCAACAUCAGCUGCUUCCUGCUGCCACACCCCGGCCUCAAGGUGGCCACCAACCCUCACUUCGACGGCCGGCUCAGAGAUAUUGAUGAGGACUUUAAGAAGGAGCUGGUGAACCUCGUCCGAACGCUGCUCUCCCCAGAAAACCUGGUGGAAAAGGAGAUUGGAGGAGUCAAAAUCACCUGCAGAGACCUGCUGCACUACUUCAAAGCUUACAUGAAGAUCUACCAAGGAGAGGAGCUUCCCCACCCCAAGUCGAUGCUGCAGGCAACAGCUGAAGCCAAUAACCUUGCGGCAGUAGCAGGAGCCAAAGACGUGUACAACAGAAGCAUGGAGCAGAUCUGCGGUGGAGAAAAACCCUACAUUUCCCCUGCAGAGCUGGAGCGCCGGCAUGUGGAGCUGCGGCAGGCAUCGGUGCGACACUUCCGUUCCAUCAAGAAGAUGGGCGGCGAGGAUUUCUGCCAGCGCUACCAGGAACAGCUGGAGGCGGAGCUCGAUGAGGCCUACGCCAACUUCAGCAAGCACAACGACGGGAAGAACAUCUUCUAUGCUGCGCGGACGCCUGCCACGCUGUUUGCUGUCAUGUUCGUCAUGUACGUGGUGUCGCUGGUCACUGGCUUCGUGGGCAUCAACUCUGUGGCUGCGCUGUGUAACCUCGUGAUGGGCGUGGCUCUGACCACCCUCUGCAUUUGGGCCUAUGUCAAAUACUCGGGAGAGUUUCGAGAGGUUGGGAGAGUCAUUGACCAGGUGGCUGAAACCCUCUGGGAACAGAGGACUCCACGAAAGGUUCUCCUAAAGCUCUUCGAGGUGGCUUGGAGUCGAGUCCCACUGGGAAGCCUGAUCCCGGUGCCGCGGCCCCGGCUUGCCUCGAACAACAACGUCAAGAAGAAAAACUAGCAGCACGCCACCUCGGUCCUGUCGCCUUGUUUCCACCCUCUCACUGCUUCUAUGCUCGGUUUGGCCAGUGUCCUGAGGAUGGUUUGAGAUGUGUCGAUCCGUCUGUGUUCUCUGACGUCUCCUCGCUGUGGGUUUACACUGGGAGUCACUGUAGACAGGACAAGCAGUUUGAUGUUUUAUUAUUUGUUAGUGUGCGGGGUUAAGGAUUUAUUGGUGAGAGGGACCAUUAUUCUGUCACUGUCAUCGCAGGUGUGUGCUUACCUGUCGGACUACAACCCAUUUAUGUGAAUGUAUGAAUGAAGAACGUGACCACAGAGUUCGUCACGGUUUCCUCCUGUCGUCUGUCACGUUUGUUUCGCUCGUGCGAUGGUGUCAUGAUCAAAGUUUACAAAACUUUUACUCGUGGUGGCUCAUGGACUGAGAUGCAGGCAGGAAACACAGCAGAGACCAGGUUCUUGCAUCUUACAGGACAAAUGACACGUUCUCUGACUCGCCCAGAAUCAGACACUCUUGAGUUUCAUGUCACUUUGAAGGUGGAUGAACAAUCUAGUUCAGUUACUGGGCUGCAGCUGGAGCCACUGUUCCUCAGAGGCACCUCGAGCUGUGAGGCCAACAGAACCUCAAACGUCUCUACUGAUUAAAGUGACUACACGUCUGUCAGGAGAUGGAGGAAUAACACAAAAGCUCUUUAUCCAUGUACCUGUGGUAAAGAGCCACUUAGCUCUUACUUAGCUCUUCCCAGA